AGUUGCGGUUUGAAAUGCUUCAUUUUCCGAGAGAUUUCGACUUUUUUAGUAUCCCGAGUUGUAUCCGUAACUCGUCACAGAAUUCUUUGGAGCCGAUACAGAAACAGAGAGGAGGAACGAGAUUACGUAGAAGCAAAAGCGAGCUAUGGCAGGCAAAAGCUCAGCCAACACCACAGACGAGGAUUUGCUUCUCAAGAGCUUCUUCGCUGAAGUUAGCGAAGUCGAGAGAGAUAACGAAGUCGGCAGGAUUCUUUCAUGCUUCAAGUUAAAUCCAUUUGAGUAUCUAAAUCUACCAUUCAAAGCAUCUCCAGAGGAUGUAAAGAAGCAGUAUCGUAAGUUGUCUUUGUUGGUUCACCCUGACAAGUGCAAGCAUCCACAAGCGAAAGAGGCAUUUGCAGCAUUGGCAAAAGCCCAACAACUUUUACUUGAUCAACAAGAAAGAGAUUAUAUUCUUAGUCAAGUUACUGCAGCAAAAGAAGAACUUCUAGCAAAGAGGAGGAAACAAUUGAAGAAAGAUACAGCCAGUAAGAUAAAGUCAUUGGUUGAUGAGGGAAAAUAUGACCAACAAUAUGAACAGUCUGAGGAGUUCCAGCAGGAACUCAAGUUGAAGGUGCGCGAAAUAUUAACUGAGCAAGAAUGGCGAAGAAGGAAAAUGCAGAUGAGGAUAUCAGAAGAGGAAGGUAGAUUGAAGAAGGAUGAAGAAGAGCAAAAGGAAAUGUGGAAGAGAAAGCGUGAACACGAGGAGCAGUGGGAAGGAACAAGAGAACAGAGGGUUUCAAGCUGGAGAGAUUUCAUGAAGACGGGGAAGAAGGGUAAAAAAGGGGAAAUUCGGCCACCGAAACUCAAGACAGAGGAUCCCAACAAAUCCUAUGUUCAAAGGCCCGUAAAGCGAGGUUAAUUGUAGAUUUUGGGAUCAACCAAGUUUUCUAAAGAGUGCUUUUAAAAACUGUGUAACAGUAUAUAUUAGAUUUGAUAUGAAGGCUAAGGCCAAGCCACAUGCUGCAUUUUGAUGUGCCUUUGUUUAGCUAACUGAAAAAAUGAAAAACCCUUCUGAAGGGUUUCCAGCCUUUAAUUAGGUUCUGACUCCUCACAUUUAAAAGAGAUUGUAUAAUACAUUGUUUAUUGCGUCUUAUCUUCAAAUCCUUGAAGAAUCAGUUUAAACAAUUACUUUUGAUUAA